AUGGGUUUGAAACGAUCCUCGUUGCAUUUGUUUCUUCUCUUUCUUGUCGUCGCCUUUCAUCUCGCAUCUUCUUCUUCGUCCCACAUUUCAUGUAGCCAUCAUAUUUCAGCUAAUUCAAUAAUAUUUGUUUAUCAUGGUAACAUUGGUCGUUCCCUUCUACAACAAAAGACAACUUGCAACGUCGACUUCGAGCACAUGAACUACACGGUGAUCACGAGCCAAUGCAAGGGCCCAAACUACACGCCCGACCGGUGUUGCCCGCCUCUAAAGCAAUUGCUUUGCCCCUACAAAGAUCAGGUAAACGACCUCAAGAGCAACUGCGCCGAUACCUUUUUCAGCUACGUUAAUUUGUACGGGAAGUACCCGCCGGGACUCUUUGCGUCAUUGUGCAAAGAUCGAGAGGAAGGCCUCUCGUGCGACGGGGUCGACGCACAAUCAAACCCACAAGCUACAGCAAGUUCCGCCGUCCCGGUUAUUUCCCCGACCUCCUCGUCGUUGUACACGUUCGUCGUUGGUCUCCCGUUGUUGCUCGCCAUUUACAUGUAA